AUGAAGGCUGCUGGGUGGAGAAGAGCUUUGGGGGCUAUCAUGGUAGACACAAACUUUCCGCUAUGCAAUGGACUGGCUGGUGGGGUUUCACCAUUCAAUGAAUUCAAGACCAGAGACUGUGGAGGAUACAUAGCUGAUACUCCCUACGAUCCAUACAACUCUGGUUUUCAGCGUGAGGAAGCCAACUCUGAUUUUGGAGAGUUUACUGAAAAUACCGCAGGCUCUACAGCAACCACCAGAGCAGACAGACUUAUCAGCAAAGAAAUGCAAGGCCACCCUCUUCAACAAGCCAGAGAGACUAACAUAUGGUACCCUUUUGAUGGGCUGGGUGAAUGGUCGCUUGCAAAAUUCCUUGUCAAAAAUCUUUCCCAGACGCAGAUCGACAAAUUUCUCAAGUUAGACUGGUUCCAGACAAGGGAACGGCCGCAAUUCAAGUCGAAAGACGAGUUGUUCUUCUAUAUGCAGCAGCUUCCUGGCCGCGGGCCAAAAUGGCAAUGCACGAAACUUAAGCUCAAGGGCUACGAAAGUGAACAAGCAAUUCACCUCAUUUGGAGGGACGCGUUGAAGGUUACGAAGCAGCUUUUCGCAAACCCGGUUUAUGCGAAACACAUGUGCUAUGACCCUCACUAUAUCUAUCAAGGACAAGAACACCAAUUUGGAGAAUUCUGGACAUCAGGUGAUGCGUGGAAGAUUCAGGAUCAACUACCGGAAGGAGCGACUAUCGUUCCGAUCGUCCUUGCCUCUGACAAAACUCCAGUCACAAGGCAUACGGGUGGCCUUGAGAUGCACCCAUUAUUUCUAACGAUUGGAAAUAUCCAGGCCAAUGUCCGCAUGAAGGCUACAUCGCAUGUGUGGCGAUGUACUGCGUUCAUGCCAACACCCACUUUUGUUGUCAACUCUGACUUUCAAACUCUACUCCAUGCGCGUCUGUGGCAUAAGUGCAUGGAUCUUGUCUGUUCUAAUUUGAAGGUCGCGGCUCAUGUUGGCGAGUAUAUGGUUGAUCCCUCAGCCAGAAUGUGUUACUGUUUCACCCCUCUUAUCAACCAUGUUGCUGAUCUCCCCAAACAAUUGAUGAUCACAUGUGUUAUGAAAAACUCAUCUCCUGUCACCACAGCGACCCACAAAGAGUUUGGCGAUGAGACACCACAUCCUCCACGGAAUGGAUCGGAUACCUACACGCUUAUCCAGCAGCUUUGUAACUGUGUCGACCCAUGGAAUCUCAUUGUAUUCGUUAGAGAGGCCAAAAAACUUCAUCUUAGUGGGGUGCACUUGCCGUACUGGAGAAACUGGAGGCACUCUAAUCCUGCAAGAUUCCUGACGCCAGAGAUUCUUCACGCGCUGCACAAGUUCUUUUUUGACCAUGUUCUCAAAUGGAUCAAGCAGAUCAUGGGUCACGAACUUGAUGUAUGGUUCAAGAGUCACCACAAACGCACUGGUAUAUGCCAUUUCUCUGGGGGUGUCUCUCAUGUCAACCAAAUGACAGGACGGGAGCACCGAGACAUUCAAUGCAUGAUUGUGCCGACACUGUGGGGUGUGGCAAGUCCUGGCUUCAUCCGUGCUGGAAAGGGUGGUGCUAAGGAUGACUUCUUCAUUCCGAAACUCGAACUCAUGCAAAGUUUCACUUGUGCAAUCUUCCAUGUUGGUUCACUCAUGCAGUGGACAGCAGAUGUUUCAGAACGUCUUUUGAUAACGCACUGCAAACACCCAUUUGAAUGCACAAGUCGUCAGCAAGACUUCGUCUCACAGAUCGCUCACAUCCUCGAUCGUGAGGAGGCUAUCCGGCUGUUUGAUCUUUAUAUGCUGCUAUCCUCAUCCUCAUCUAUGCCUGGCCAGGACCCUCUCAUCAAUGCCAUCAUCAUGGAGGAUGAAGAGAUCGCUAGCACAGAGACGGAUCCCACUCUUGCUUGGGUCUCCAAUGCAAACCCAGCCGCCCAGCUACGUCUACAAGCACCGCACCCUGUUCGUAAUCACUUCUUAAAGGGUAUUUUAUCGGACAAUGCAUGUAUCGCCUUUAAUGUCACCGUGAAAGCAGAUUGCAGCCGUCUCAAAUCAUGCCGAGUCAGCAAAUUCAUGCCGAGCCACCUUCCGCUAAUUUUCCUAGAGGGAACUGCGACGCCGUGUUAUUUAACCAGACGGGCAAUGGUGGUAAUGAUGGGUCUUAUGUUGCUCAAGUACGAGCCAUAUUCCAACCAACCGUCCCCAGAGGUUCCGUCGGACAGGGUGAUCAGAUACAUCACGCAUGCAGUGGAAAUUAUACCCGUCUAUCAAGGACCAUUGGGCAAGGACGUGAAUUCUGGGAACUCGCUGGAGGUGUUUGAUGACUACUUCUUGAACAAUUUCGCAGACAAAGAGCUGUACCAUUCGCUAUCAGUGAUCUCAGACAACUAG